CGGGGUAGUUGACCCACUGCUGCUAUCUUGACUCCGAGAGGUUCCCAUGAUAAGCCCAAUCUCUUGUCUUGUCGGAAGGAGGAGGAGAAGGCGGUGGCGAAUAUGCUAUCUCGUAUAGCCGAAAUGAUUUCCAACAAGACCUUAAAUUCCCUUCCUGCCUCGGGUCCCGGUGGUCAUGUUCAGUUUCUUUCUCUUCCUCUAAGCGUCACUAUACCGGCGGUAGGAGUCAUACAGACACUUUGUCACAAUGACCGACACAAAAGCUAUUGUCCCCAACACACACGAGGAGCCUGUUCCUCCUACCUUGACGGGCACAAGCGAACCUCUUCUGCCAUGGUGGAAACGAGUGUGGUGUCAUAGUUUGACGCAGAUGAUGCUACUCAGUGUACAAGCGUUCUGUGGACCGGCUAUGUCAGAUGCGAUCACCGGUCUUGGUGGUGGUGGUCUUGCCAGUCCGCAAGUGUCGAAUAUUUCCAAUGCCAUCAGAUACGCUCUGCUGGCUGUUGUCUGUUUCUUGGGCGGUCCCAUUGUCAAUAAGAUCGGAGUCAAGUGGGCAUUGGUCAUCGGCUCUCUGUCCUUCCCCAUCCAAGGGUCCGCAUACUACUGCAACAGCAAAUUCGGCAAUCAAUGGUAUCUCAUUCUCAGCGGUGCCAUCGGUGGCAUCGGUACUGCUUGCUGGUAUGUCGCGGAGGCUGGUGCCAUCAUGACAUUAGCGCCGUCCGGUGCACGAGGAAAGUAUCUGGCACUGUGGAUUGUAUCGCGGAAUUUGGGACAAUUGGUGGGGGGAGCGAUCAACUUGGCAAAGAACCACCAGGACGGAGUAGACGGAGGAGUCACUCCUGAUACUUUCAUUGCUUUUGUGAUCAUCGAGUGCAUUGCCCUGCCGUUUGCUCUUCUGAUUACUCCCUUUGAGCAUGUCAUUCGAUCGGAUGGUACCAGGAUCGUCACAGCAGAGACCCUGUCCAGCAAGAUGGAACUCAGACGCAUUGCCAAGACAGUGACCUCAAAACUCAUUGCGCUUUCAGCUCUUUGGGCACUGUGGUCGUUCUUCUACUCCGGCACCUGGAGCACCUACCUGUCCAUUUACUUUUCCGUCCGCGCCCGCGCCCUUUCCUCUCUCAUCUCGCCAUUCUUCUGCAUCAUCGGCUGUUUCGGGCUCGGCUUCAUCCUAGACAUGAAGGGCGUCAGCCAGCGCCGCCGUGCGCAAAUCGGCCUCUACACUGUCGUCAUCCUCAACGUGGGCGUGUAUAUCUGGUCCAUCAUCAUGCAGGUCAAAUUCAACCGCCACGACCCGGGAACCAUCGACUGGAGCGACAGUCUAUACCCGUCCGCCUUCCUGCCGUACUUCUUCGUGCAGACCACCGGCCCACUGUCGCAGUCGUACAUGUAUUGGCUUCUGUCGUCUUUUGCGACCGACGCGCAGGAGAACGUCCGCAACGGCGCAGCAUUCCGAUGCAUCGAAGCGGUCGGCCAAGCGAUUUCCUACGGGAUGAACACCCAAACGACGAGCAGCCCGCUCAUUGGCUUCGGCGUAACAUUUGGUCUUCUCGGCGCUGCCUUACUGCCUAUGAUCAUGCUGGUCAACACGACGCCAGACCGGAUUCCUGCAGACAUCAUCGCCGACGAGCAGGAUGCGGCGAAUGCGAAGGUGGCAGUCGAUGAUUUUUAGAGCCAGUUUCACUUCCAUGUUAACGUCAGACUAAAGGCGUCAUGCUGUCGAUAUAAGCACUGCGAUUGCUGCAUUUAGUCUUUUGCGCAGAGCAUCCGGCACAGGGGUUUGUGGUAGUGGUUUAUGAUUUACGGUCCUAUAUUUUUAAAGCGUAUCAUCCCAAG